GGCACUUCCGCAACUACGGCAGCCGUGGAGGCUCAUUCCGCCCGGCGGUGUUCACACGUGUUUUUUUUACCAGACAGUUUGUUGUCAUUUGGCUGUGAUCAAUAAAUCCCGAUAAAUUCGGGUGUUUCUUGCUUUUAUCUUGCUUGAAUCAUUAUCUUAAAAUGAACGGGAAAGAAGGAGAUUGUCUAUUUCUUGAAAACAUUUUGGAUAAACUGUAUGAGUUUGAUGAUGGACCGGCAUCAAAAAAGAAGCUCAAGUCUCAGAAGAAGAACAAACGAAAAAGAUGUGAGGAACAGGAGGAGGAAGAGUUACCAGUAGCCAAGGAUGUGUGCAGUGACUCUGAAGAAGCUGAUCGUGUUGGAACUAAAAGCAAGCAUCAACAUGCACAGAGGGAACAGACAGCUCCAGACAUCCAGCUGCUGAGCAAUGUGGAGGUGGUGACGUUUCAGGACCCCAGAAAGAAACCAAGGAUUAAGCAGACGCCUCCCCCUGAGAAAAAGCCUGCUCCUCAGAAGAUGGCGGAGAAGACGGAGAGCGACGUGCCAGAAGAACUCAGUUUGGAAAAGGCCCGUCUUGAGGUCCAUCGGUUUGGAAUCACAGGCUAUAAGAAGGAGCAGCAGAGAGUGUUUGAGCAGGACCGAGCCGUCAUGCUGGGAGCCCGACCUCCUAAGAAGGACUACGUCAACUACAAGAUGCUGCAGCAGCAGAUCCAAGACAAGAAGCAGAAAGCAAAGGAGGAGGUUCAGCCGGAACUGAAGAAAAAGAAGAAGCCGGGUAAUCAGAGGGACAAGAAGAAGAAGAAGGUGAGCUCUGGCUCUGGUUCUGGCUCCAGCUCGGGCCCCUCAGGUCAGGUGGGCCGCUUCAAGAACGGCAUGCUGAUCCUCAGCUCCAAGGAGAUCCAGACUAUCAAAGGCAACAAGAGGCGCAAAUAGGUGAGGGAUUAAAUCCUCCUGGAUAGAAAGAACCGAAUGGACCAGAGGAAGACAACCGUCAGUGACUCCUUGGAUGAGCGCUAAACCUGAGGCUGUUUCCAGAAUAUCCAAAGGUGCUACAGGUCGCUGAGUCAUGGCUCCACUCUACCAGUCUCCAGAAUGGACACAGUGGGAGGACGUCAGUGAACAAAACCCGGACACUAUUGUGAAAUAAUUUUCCAUCACAGUUAAUUUAUUUUGUUUUUAUAAAUAACAAAAGAAAAAAGACAUUUCAGUUUCCCGUGUUUUACACUGCAAAGGUUUUUUCAGUUACAAUGCAUUUCUCAUUUACAAACCAUGAAGUCGUACAAAACAUUUACAUCGGCAGGAGGCGGGGGGGGGGGAUCAUAACAGGACAGAUGAGGGGUAAUUAUUUAAUUAAAAAAACGUCACACACAA